CUCCGCCUUGAUCAAUCGUCGUUUUCUCCGCUUUUGAGGCCCCAUAAACCCCCGCCCCCCUUUCUCUUUCCUCUCUCUAGGAAAAAAAAAUACACACUCUUGCUUUCUCUCUCUUCUGUACAGUAAAUUUCUCAGGCUGCUUCAAUUUUUAUCUGCCAUUUUUUUUUUGUUUAAAAAAAAAAGGGGGAAAUUUUCAACAUUAUGGCUAUAAAUAACCCUCUUCUUUAGUGUUUAUUUUCUUUCUCCUUUUUCACUGCUGUGUUUUUAUUCUCUCUUUGAUCUUUCCUCAAGUCUUGUUGGGUUUAGGAUUUAGGGGAAAAAAAGCACUGUAUUGGUCUAUCUGCAUAUUUUCAGAACCCUUCUCGAUUUUCUUUGUUUCUAGUUCAGAAAAGCUCAGAAUCAAGAAAAAAAAAAAGAAAUUUAAUACUUGCUGUAAAAGACUCCUCUUUCUUCAUUUUUCUCCUUUUUACCAACUUUUUUUAUUUCAAUUUUUGAGGGCGGCCCAUGGCUGGGAGUAAUGAUGUGAACACUAACGAAUCGAAGAGAGUGGUACCUCUCAACACAUGGAUCCUAAUCUCAAACUUCAAGCUUGCCUACAACAUGCUCCGAAAGCCCGACGGCUCGUUCGACCGCGACUUAAAUGAAUUCCUCGACCGCAAAGUACCCGCCAACUCAAACCCCAUCGCCGGAGUCUACUCCUUCGAUGUCAUCAUAAACCGCUCCACGGGCCUCCUCAACCGGGUCUACUUACCCGCCACCGACAACGGGCUUGGGCCCAUUUACGGAUUCCCCGAGCCCAAUAACCCCCUAAGCUCUACCAAGCCCGUCCCCGUCAUAAUCUUCUUCCACGGCGGAAGCUUCGUUCACUCCUCCGCAAACAGCGCCAUAUACGACACGUUCUGCCGCCGCCUCGUCGCCACCUGUCAAGCGGCAGUUGUCUCGGUUAACUACCGCCGCUCGCCGGAGCACCGCUGCCCAGCCGCCUACGAGGACGGUUGGGCGGCCUUGAUGUGGGCCCGGUCAAGGCCCUGGCUGACAAGUGGCGGCCAAGGGGAGGAUUUAAAAGUUCGCGCUUACCUGGCGGGCGACAGCUCGGGCGGCAACAUAGCCCACCACGUGGCGGCUCGGGCAGCCGAGGAAAAAGUCGAGGUUUCGGGCGUCAUUUUGUUGCACCCUUUGUUCGGCGGGAAGGAAAGGACGGAAUCGGAAAAAAGAUUGGACGGGAAGUAUUUUGUGAAAAUCGAGGAUCGGGAUUGGUAUUGGCGGGCUUAUUUGCCCGAAGGUGAGGAUAGGGAUCACCCGGCUUGUAAUGUGUUUGGGCCUAGGGCCCGGCCCGUUAAGGGGCUCGAUUUUCCCAAGAGUUUGGUUGUGGUGGCCGGGUUGGAUCUUUUGCAAGAUUGGCAAUUGGGUUAUGUGGAUUGGUUGAAGGAAAACGGGCACGAUGUUCGGUUGGUGUUUCUCGAGAAGGCGACGAUAGGGUUCUAUUUCUUGCCGAACAACGAGCAUUUUCGGUGCCUUAUGGACGAGUUGACCGACUUUUUGCACUCUUGAUGACUUUGAAUUUGACUUUACUAAUUUAGAGAUGGUGUGCGUAUGUAUGUAUGUAUGUGUUAUUUAGUAAUAUUAUCGAUGUACGGUUAAUGUUUUUGUGAUGCGAGAUCGUUCGUUCGCGGUUUGGGGUGCGGAUGAAAAGCUCAAUUUUCAGGAUUUUGAGGUCGGAUUUCGUGCGGCCAUCAGUUUUUGGUGGAGUUCGACUAAUUAAUACGGUCUUUUAUGUGAUCUUAGCUAUGCUUAGGCUUUGUUUUGUUGUCUAUGGAAGCUAAUUCAGUACAUGGAUUUAGGGUAAUCCAUUGUGUUGUGUGGUAGUAGUAUAUUAUGUAUCUUAUGCUCUACUACUUUGUGUAGGAAUAUAUGGUACAUUGGUACUAAGUUGAUCGUUUCGUUGGUUUUUUUAAUGUGGAAUGCUGCCUUACUUGAGUUUCCUCUGUAAUUUCAGUAUCUUAUAUAGUACUAAUUUUCAAGCAUGGUAUCUUUGCCUGAUG